AUGCGUUCAUGGUUUUGCUUGGCAUAUCACUCUGGGAACAUUCUCAGUAAACUUCCAUUUCCAGCAAACUGUUCGCAAAUUCGCACAACAUACAAGUAUGUUGCUGAAUCAGCGAAAUCCGACGGAACACUGCUGGGUGAUUUCCGCAAAGCAAUGCAUUAUAUGUUCAUGACAGAGCUUAUAAGAGGUAUGGGUAUAAUUGUUGGUCAUUACUUUAUGGAGCCUGCAACAAUAAAUUAUCCAUUCGAGAAAGGUCCUUUGAGCUCGCGUUUUCGUGGUGAGCAUGCACUUCGGAGGUAUCCAUCCGGUGAAGAACGCUGCAUAGCCUGCAAACUAUGCGAAGCAAUAUGUCCGGCACAAGCAAUAACGAUUGAGGCUGAAGCAAGGCCCGAUGGAAGUCGGCGAACUACUCGUUAUGAUAUUGACAUGACAAAAUGUAUUUAUUGUGGUUUAUGUCAGGAGGCUUGUCCAGUUGAUGCCAUUGUUGAGGGUCCGAAUUUUGAAUACUCAACGGAGACUCAUGAAGAGCUGCUAUAUAACAAAGAAAAACUUUUGUUGAAUGGUGAUCGAUGGGAGCCAGAAUUAGCUGCAAACUUACAAGCUGAAUAUCUUUAUCGUUAG